UCCAGUCGUCAUUAAGGAGCCUGGGCUCUUUGACACUCUCAAUCUCAUUCAUUCAAAAUUUAUAAGACCAAAAAGAUUUUCAAUUUCUAAUUAAACAACGAAAGAGGUUUUAAAGUUAUACAUACUCUGUGAUAUUAAAUCAUUUUUCAAAAAAUGGAAUAUCUAAAUCGCAAAGUCAAAUCAAACGGACAGAUUGACACCCGUCAAAUGAAUGGCGCGAGUAACGCGAGGAAAAAACUGAGCGAGACCGCAAUGAGCCCGGCACCCCCCGCGCCGUGUGACAAAAACACGAACAAGUCAGAGGUUGGCAAGCAGUCGCUAGUUGGCAGUCGAACAAGCAAGUACGAUAUGGAAAGAGAUCGCAUCGGUGUCUGGGGUUCCGGGGAUGGGCAGUCCAACAGCCGACUGUCGGGUUUGGACCGGCUCAAACAUCCCGGACUUAAUAAGGGUAUGGCGUUUUCUAUAGAGGAGCGUCAGGCGAUGGGUAUCCAUGGCCUGUUGCCGCCCAGGGUGAAGACACAGGAGGAACAGGUACAACUGUGCAAGCUGUCCAUAGACCGCUACGAGGAUCCCCUCAACAAAUACAUCUACCUUAUGGGCUUGUUGGACCGUAACGAGCACCUGUUCUAUCGCUUCGUCGGCGAAAACGUGGCAGAGAUGAUGCCAAUAGUGUACACGCCGACGGUGGGCCUCGCCUGCCAGAAGUACGGCCUCGUGUACCGCAGGCCUCGGGGGCUCUUCAUCACGAUCAACGAUAAGGGUUACGUGUACGAUAUACUUAAGAACUGGCCGGAGACAGACGUGCGUGCGAUCGUUGUGACCGACGGUGAACGUAUCCUGGGUCUGGGUGACCUGGGAGCCUGCGGCAUGGGCAUCCCGGUAGGGAAGCUCGCUCUAUACACAGCACUGGCCGGGAUCAAACCACAUCAGUGUCUGCCCAUCACUAUCGACGUGGGCACCAACAACCAGGGUAUGUUGGACGACCCCCUGUACAUAGGUCUGAGACAGCGCCGUGUCCGCGGCCCGCAGUACGACGAGCUCAUCCAGGAGUUCAUGGAGGCGGUGGUGAAGAGAUACGGACAGAACUGUCUCGUACAGUUCGAGGACUUCGGCAAUGCGAACGCCUUCAGACUGCUCGAGAAGUACCGCGGGAAAUACUGCACCUUCAACGACGACAUCCAAGGCACGGCUGCCGUGGCUGUGGCGGGUCUGCUGGCUAGUCUGAGGGUCACCAACAAACAACUGUCCGAUAAUGUUAUAGUGUUCCAGGGAGCGGGAGAGGCCUCUUUAGGUAUCGCGGAGCUGUGCGUGAUGGCGAUGAAGGCCGAGGGUACGUCGGAGGAGGACGCCAGGGGUCGCAUCUUCAUGGUGGACUCCAAGGGCCUGAUCGUCAAGAACAGGCCCGAGGGCGGACUCAACGAACAUAAGGAGAAGUUCGCCAAGGACUGUCCGCCAAUCAGGACACUCGCCGAGGUCGUGGAGGUCGUCAAGCCGUCCGUACUCAUCGGUGCCGCGGCCAUAGGUGGUGCGUUCACUCCGUCCAUUCUCCGCGCGAUGGGAGACAACAACCAGAGACCCGUGGUGUUCGCUCUCUCCAACCCGACCAGUAAGGCGGAGUGUACCGCCGAGGAGGCCUACGUCAACACUGAUGAGCGUGCGAUCUUCGCCUCAGGAUCCCCGUUCCCGGACUACCGCACUAAGGACGGGCGAGUGCUCCGCCCGGGACAAGGGAACAACGCCUACAUCUUCCCGGGGUUGGCGCUCGGGAUACUGUGCGCUGGACUCGUCGACGUCUCGGAAGAUUUCAUGUUGCUAGCUGCUGAGGCUUUGGCGGACAUUGUAUCACAAGAGAACUUGGACCAGGGCAGUCUGUACCCGCCCUUAGAGGACAUCCAGGAGUGCUCCGUCAAGAUCGCCAAGAAGAUAGUCGAACACGCAUACGCCACUGGCAAGGCCUCUGUGCAGCCUCCGCCUCUAGACACAGAGGCUUUCAUCCGCUCUCAGAUGUACGACGUCCGCUACGGCCGAGCGCUGCCGCCCGUCUACGACUGGCCUCACGACGCGCCCAAAGUUAAUGUUCUCUAAUUAUAUUAUUUUUGUUAAAUUUCGCUUCAAUGAUGGCAAUUCGAUGUUAUUUAUAUAGUAAUGGCAACACACGAUUCACAAUACUUAUUCCAAAGUUUCGGUUUAUAAAGCGUUUCUUAUUUAAAUCUCUUCAUCUUUUGUAGACGUUUGUUUUAAAUGUGACAUUAACUAGUCUCUGUAUUUUCUUGUGCAAACAGUUGAUGGUAUUGGCGAAGUCGUCUCUCGAGUGAUGAUGACUGUUAAUAUAUUAUUUUGUGAUAAAACGUGAUAUAAUUUAUUAAGUAUUUAAUUUGCCAAAUGUUUGUACUUUAAUUUUUUAUUUGACAAAGUGUUGCUCUCAUCGCGCGGGUGCGUUACCAAAUAAUUAUCUUAUUUAAUACCAAUAUUUUGUCUAAAUUGUGGUUACAUUACAUUCCAAAAAAAAAUCUUAUUGUAUGUAAGGUUAAAAUUACUUCUAUGGCCUAGAUGAAAAUACCAACAUUUAAAGUCAAAGAAUAUUUUAAUAUUAAAAAUAUAUUUUCCAUAAAUCCUAUUUAUUCGUCAUUUUAAGGCUUCUAAAGCUAAAGUUAUGAAAUAGUCAUAGAAGCUGUAUUUAUUACACCUUAUGCAAAAUAUAAAAUAAAUUAUGAAACGCAAA